AUGGCUCGGUCUAGUCAAACGAAGGAACAUGGAAUGAUCCAAACUGUUGUGGUAAGAAAGUUACCAGCAAAUAUGGAUGAAGAUACGCUCAGAAAAAUUGUCCCGUCAGCUAAGACAUUGGUUCUGAGCAAACGAACAGAUUCAAUUAAAGCUCUCAUCACAUUUUCUACGCAGAAAGGCUAUUUUGAUGCAUUGUGUCGUCUAAGAAGAACUAAUUUUAAUGGUAUCAAGCCAGUGAUAUCAUCUUUUUAUCCAAAAUCUAAUGAUAAAUGUAAAAUUGAGCCAGAAAAUGUUGAGUUAACUAUUCAAGAUUUACCACAAACAAUUACUGUAUCUCAGCUCAAAAGGGAAUUUCCCACAGCAGUAUCUAUAAAACUGAGAGUAGAUUUAUGGGAUAUAGGAAACCGCUCAUGUUUAUUAAAAUUUCAAUGUUCUGAAGACCUCGAAGAUGUAUAUGAAUCAUGCCAUCGUAGAAUGAUUGGUGGUCAAACUAUAAAAGCAGUUGUCGGCGCCCAAUCAACACUUCACUAUGAAUUAUCUGAAGCCAAUGAUAUACAAGGUGUUUGUGGAAUAAAACUUAUUCAAGUUUCCCAAGAGAUUAAUGAUGAUAAAAUACGUGAACAUUUUCCUGAAGGUUCUUUAGUUGAAUACCAUUCAGUGUCUAAUGGUGAUUCAAACAACACUAGAAAUGUAUUCAUUCGUUUCAAGAAACAACCAUUUAAUUGGCCACUUAUUAUCAAGCUUAAAAAUAACGUAUUUUCUGGGAAACAUUUCGAAGUUCGUUCAUGGAAUUGUGAUUCAGAGGCAACAGGAAGUCAUAGCGAGGAGAAGAAACACUCUGAAAAAGAAACUGAGAAUGGCUCAUCCAAUAAAUCAGACAAAUGCAGCUACAGUAAUCCUGAUAUCGAAAUGAAAUGUGCAAAAAUUGUUUUUCCUGAAACUGAACCUGAAUAA